AUGGCGAGGGCGUGGCCGUCCCUGCUGCUUCUCGCCUGGCACAGCAGUGCCCUCGUGCUCGAAGGCCCCGAGAGGAGGGCCCACAGGGCUGGCGGCUUGAGCCAUGCCUCGGUGCUCCAGCGUAUGAAGUACUGGAGGAGGGCCACGUCUGCAGUGCCGUCCACAGGGAAGUACCUGCUGUUCACCCCCGACGCUGGAGGCCUCAACAACAUCCGCAUAGGCUGGGAGAUGACAGGCAUCGUAGCCCUCCACACCGGCCGCACGCUGGUUCUGCCGCCCAAGACCCCCAUGUAUUUGCUGGACUGGGGGCCCUGGAACAAGGAGCUGGUGGGCGACACGUCCAAUUGGACUGGCAGCACCAGGGUGGAGGACCUCAUCGAUGUGACGCAGCUGAAAGGCGUAUUACCGACACUGACAAUGGAGGAGUUCGAGGCCGAGGCCGGCAUGAAGUGGCAUGAGGCCAGGGUCAAAGCAGAGAAAUCUCUGAGAUGGAUUCAUUUCAAGCAGGACAAUGUUCGCCUCUCGGAUUAUGAAGCGCUCACUGACAAAUUUAUCUUCAUGGACGGCAGCUCGCGGGAUGGAUUCAGACUUGGCCAGUGGUGGUUGCAGGGCGGGCCCGUCGAUGAGCUGCGCCCAGAGCUGACGGAGGCAGACUGGGGGCUGUUGCGCCAUGGCUUCGUGUGGCACCCGGACGCUUUCAACAUCGCCGAGAAGGCCGUGUUUUACCUCGGAAUGUUCGACUACGUGGCCCUCCACGCCCGGUUCGGUGACUUUGCGGAGCACCAGUCGCAGCGAACGCCAGACGAAAUCUACGAGAAUUGGAAGCCGCUUAUCGCCAACGCGUCCGCGCUUUACGUGGCCACUGACCGGCAGGGGCAGUUCGACGGCUUCGCCAAGCGCCACGGUGUGAAGUUGGUGAUGUGGCCAGACUUGUUCGAAUCUGCCACAGGCAUGCUUCUUUCCGAGGAGAAGCAACUGUACACCCCCGAGAGGUUCUUCAAGCUUACUGGCCUGGUGGAGGAGCUGAUCUGCACGUACGCAAAGGUCUUCGUCGGAACCGACCGCUCGAGCUUCACGGGCCACAUCCAGCGGAUGCGCAUCCACGCAGACGCACCCGUCACCAAGCGCCUCACGCACACAGACGGCGACCCGUCGCUCAGCGAGGCCGGAUCGCAGUCGGCGCGCGAGAUACAGGUGCCAUUGGACGAGAUCCAGCAGUCGAUCCAGAAUUGGGAGACGCGGGACUGGCUGGUCCCGCCCAUCAGCCAGGGCGAGCAGUUCAGGCAGAGAACGGUCUCCCUCAAGCGCGAGCGUCCGUGA